UUCCAUGCCUCGCAAUACCAUGGCAGAGCGGAGAACGUUCUAUCGCCUCUUCUGCUGCUGCUGUAAUGAGGAUUUGCCAGAGAAGAGCCCUUUAAUCAGUGAUACGCUCUUGUACUUUGAUCGGGAGGUGAAGAGGAGAAGAGCAGAAGAGGCAAAUCUAUGGAAUGAGCCACAAGAUGUGUCACACACCGAGAGGGAUGACGACAGGGAACUCUACAACUUGCUGCAGAAGAGAGCACGGACACGGCGAGGAUCAGAGGGUUACCGCAGGCUGAGUUUUGAUAUCACCGCUCAUAGACAAGUUCGCAAAGGGGUGAAGGAUCGCUGGAGGGUUCUUCUGGAAGACUUAGGUUUCCACAAUGAAGCAGACUCCUUGCUCACUGUCACUUCAAAUACAUCCUAUAAUAGCUUGCGUGAUCCCACAGAGGCUCGUCGCCUGCUCAGUCUCUUAGCUCAAGAGACUAGUAUAUUUGAUGAGCAAACCAUCCCUCCUGAGAGGUACCUCUUUGUGCUGGACCGUCUCAUCGUUCUCGACAUGGGAACAGAGUUUGUGUCUAUUGCCAGGCGAUUUUAUCCAGCAGAGUCCUUGACAAACAGUGAGAUAGAAAUUGUGGAACCUGGCACGGCAGUCUUGGUGAGCCCUGGCUUGCAGGGGACUGAAGAUGGUGGAGAAAAGGAUGAAGAAUGCGCUGAAAUGGAUGAAGAUAGCUUCCUAGUCAACCUGCUUGACUGAUAUGAAACAGUUACUAUGCACAUUGAAUUACCCU